AUGGAGCAAAACAUCCGAACGAAAGCCACCUGGAUACAUCCGGGUUCGGCAGAGAUAGCUUGCGUCAUUGGUAACGUUGCGGUUGCUGUAGCAAUCGGUAGCCAUAUUUUGUUCGUGAACCUGAAAACUUCAGCCAAGUCGCACUAUUUAGCCGACAGUGCGCAGUCGGGUAAUGGGGUGGCUUGUCUCGCCGGUCAUAAGCUGUUCCCCAUUCUUGGCUUUGCGGAGCGAUGCACAAAUCCACGUAUUUUGCUCAUAAGUUAUCCUGCUAACACGGUGCUGUCCGUCCUGGAAGGAGAUCAAACGGAAUGUUCCUAUACGGCGCUUUGUUUCUCCGAGAGUGAAUUACUGGUCGCAAUAACUGGUGUCCCAGACUAUUCGCUAGAAGUGUACGCGUGGAGAAGCAAGGAACUCUUGUGCAAAAAGCCAACCUCCAUUGUUUGUGACCUACAGCGACUUGUUUGCAGCCCAUCGGCCGUAUUUGCGGUGUGCCAGUAUGCACCACGGAAACCGGUGCUGAAGCUUUGGGAAGUGCAUGGCAACAUUCGCAUCAGUCGUCUUAUAGAACGAACCGUUUGCUUGGAUCUGGAAAAGCAUGAAUUACCGCUGUGUGUGACGUUUCUCAUCGACGGUAAUCUAGCCGUGGUUACUCAACAGGCGAAAGUGUUCACUAUAUCAGCUUCAACAGGACAGAUCAAUCAAACCAUCAGCAGUCCCGAAAGUCUGAUAAACGAGCGCGAAUAUGUCCCAUUUAUCUUCUACUGCAAGGGUGGGCUGUUUGUUAGCGCGCCGGAUGGACAGGUCAAUUUCUACAAGAAGCAAAAAGGUACCUGGAAUCAACUGUGGUCCACUCAGCCCGAUGCCUCAUACAGUCAGCUGCUGCACUAUUCUUCUUCCGAAGGACUUUUAGGCAUUACAAUGGAAGGUUUCAUUAUGCGCACCGUGAUGGAUACUGACGUACGGAAUGUAGAAUUCCACAUGGUGAAAGAUUUAGACGUGGGCUAUGCAUAUUUUUGCACGUACAGCAUCAACAAGACGCAUAAAAUCGUUGGCAUUAAGCCGGAUGUUGGAGCUGUGAAGCUGCUGCACUUCGAGACGGGUGCCGUAAUCGAUUGGAUAAAUGUAGGACACGUCAAGUGUACUGCGAACCAUCCGGAAAAACCUUGCUUAGUGGUGGGUUCCAAUACAGGAGUUCUGCAGUUAAUCUUGGUCGAUGAGAAGCAAGUGAAACUGAUCGGACGUUUGCAUCUCUCUAGACAUUCGUUUGUGGGUGUUACUUUUGCCAAUAACGAUAGUCGCUGUUUUGCGGUGUUGGAUGCAAGAGGGCAAGUAGCUAUAUUAGAAAUUACGGAAGAUUUCCAAAUGAAUGUCCUACAAGUGUUUGGUGAGAUGAAGAUAGCAAAGGACAUGUUUUUGUGGUAUCGUAACGAGGAAGUUUUAAUUGUGCAACCCCUGGAACAGGAACCAACAGACACAGUUAGUUUCCGUUCGGUGGAUUUUAUUGUGAAGCAACAUUACGCAGAAGAUGUUAGUAAAACACAACUAACACUUCCUCAUGAUUACUGUCAAAUCGUGCCUAAGCGAACUGACAGCAAGUUAGAGUUUUAUGGUCAUCAAAUUCGGACCAACGUAAUUGAUUUGCUGGAGAUUUCUCGGACGGAAGGAGAUUUCGAAAUUGUUCUGCUCAAAACGAUCAAAACGCCUCUCUCCGUGGCACAUGUUGAAGUGGCGGUAGACGAGCGUUUUUUGUACGUUUGGUCGAUGGAUGGCAAAACGGCUUUAUAUGAAUGUUUUGGAGACAAACUGUUGUGUACUCUAAGCUUCGACAGUCGUUUCAACGGGGGAAUCAAACAAAUUUCGUUGGAUAGGAAUAAUGAGUUUCUAUCAAUUUUGUGCCACAAUGGUAUGUUAACCGUUUUGAAACUGCUACAACCAAUUGCUCAAAUUCCCGAGGCCUUCGGAAGUGCUGCUAAGUCCUUUGCAUAUUCACCCGGAGUCGGUGAUGAGGACAACACACAUGUUCUCAAAGACCUACCAACUGACGAAUCAAUUCCCUGGAUAGAAAGGAAAGAGCUCGAACGACGGAAGGAAAAGGGAAAAAUUUACGAACCAGAACACGAAGCCAUAUUUGCAGAAUUUGCCGAAAUUAAACAACAACUGAAAGAGCUUCUUAACCGCAAUGAAAAGGCACCUGCGGAGGAACAGUUUCCCUUGCAGGUGUUUAAUCUGAAUGCGGAGGCAACGGAAAAACUUACACAGGAGGCUAACAGGAAAAAAGAAGAGGAAAAGAAGCGAUUAAAACAAUUUAUAGAAUCGCAAAGCGAUAUCAACGAAAGGCUGGUUGAAAACUGUUGGACACUGAUGAGUAGAAAGCCUUGGAAAAUAAGGUCAAUGUUUAAGCGAGCAUUCGUGGAAAACUAUGCCAUGCUGCCAGUCAAUCCACAUCGUCAGCACUUGGAGAAGGUACGUGUCUAUCGCGAAACGGAACUAAACGCCAGUCACGAUGCCCUUUUGCCGUGGAAACCGACGCCUACCUAUCAGCUGGAAUCGAUCCUAAACCGUGAUCCGGACUAUGGUAACGUUCUGGAUAAUCUAGCUCGUGCUUCCUUGAAGAAAUCGUACGCGCUGUCCGGUACAACUACGCAUCAGUUCUUCGAACCCUACACUCUCCGGUACGAUCAGCUCGAAGUGGUGACUUUUGAACAGCUUUACUUUGAGCUUAUCUGUGGUGAUAUGGAGAUCGAAAAGUUACGCACUAUGUUUAAUGAAAAGUUUGAACAAAUUAAAACCCUUAAACAUGAGGAGAUGGAGCUUGUGCUGAAGCGUAACCGUAGAGCACGGUAUGUUCAGCAGGAGCUUGUAUUUCUUGCAAAUCUAAUGGCGGACCGUAGCACAUUUGAAGUAACGCACAUUGAAGACCCAAAGUACGAAGCAGACGAACGUCCUGAUACUAUUAUACAGACGGAAGACAGUGAAAUACCCGUAGCACCAUACAUAAGUCCCAGUGUUGAGCGGCUGAUGGAGCUGGAACGACAGGAGCGUGAGCGUAGACAGCGCGAACUGUUGGCAGAUGAUUUCAAAGAUCGUGCCCUGGUCACCAUGAUGGACGGUGUGCUGGAACAUCGGUGGGAGGAUGAGAUUAAAAAGAGUCUCCCUCUUCCUCAGUGUUUGGAAAUUGGCAAAGAACCACAGCACUAUAACGAAACCGACAUUCGCGAGGUAAAGGAAUAUGAAGAGCAAAGCCAGUUUCUGCACCAAGAACGACAACGCUAUCGUAAGAUGUUACAGGAUGAGCUACAGGAACUGGCCAUUAGCCUUGACGAGCAGAUCAAACGAUUCAACACAUCUGUAGCGAAGCUUACGAUGCAGAAAAUCAUAAUAGAAUCAGCCAUAAGACAGGAAGAGAUGCGCAUUCUACGUGCGACGCUCUACAACCAUGCACGCCUCAUCUAUGAAGCUAACGCCAGCGAGCUGCGUACUCAGAUUGAUCAGAUCUCAGAGUACACGGAUCAGCUGACAGAUGUGCUGAACGAAUUCCAGGAGAAGGCAGCUGACUAUAGAAAUACGUACGAUACGCUACGGACUAAGGAUCGGCUACUUGACAAGCAGUUUAAGAUCAACUUUUCGGACACAGCGCAGUCGGCACUCGUUGAUCAAGCGUACAAGAUAUUCAAGCGUAGACCAAAAACUCAGCUGCGAUCGAUCGUCACCGUAUCGGUGUUUCAGGACAUGGCAAAGCGCAUUGUGGCGAAAAAGACGGCAGGGACCCACGGAAACUUGUUGCUGCCCAAGGAAUGUCAAGACUAUCUGGCGCAUUGCGAUUCGCUGGAUCAAACUUCCAACUGUCCGGCCGGGAUGGAUAGCAGUCUUUGGCAGACACUUAUCAAAAUGCGUCGCAUCAAGAUCGAGAGUGAGUUUAGGUUGAAAAGUUGCGAGCUUAUGCUGUCCGAUGCCGAGGCCGCAAUUGCUGCAUUCCAGCGAGAGAUCACCAACAAGAGGAAUGUUUUGACAUUGAUCGACCAAAAUCUGGAACAGUUACAAAAUGAUCAGUUUGAAACUGCUACAAACAGAACGGUGCAGCUCGUUAUGAAGCGUGGAUGGAUUGAAAUUCAGCAAUCUGGACGGACGAGCGAUUUUGACCGCUGCGUUCUGAUACAUCGCACUGAUGUGGAGGAUAUUAAUGCAAUCAUUCGACGGGCUGGUACGAAAAAGCUUAACGCAAUGGUAAACGCGGCCCUCUUCCGGCGUAAGAUUAUCUACCAGGAGUGGGAACAUCGGGCACUGAAGUUACAGUUGCGCGAUCUUCGCGAUCAGCUUGCGACAGUUGAGAAGUGCAAGAUCACUAAGGAGGUUCAGAGCUGGCUCAAGAUGAAGAGCAUGAAGCGUACGGAAGACUUUAGCCAGAUGGCGCUGGAGAAAAAGAUCCGGAAUGCUAUCCAGAAUGAGGAAGAGAUAUUGCAGGACCUCAAAAGCUCACUGGAAGACAUUGAGCAGCGAAUCACGACCAAGCGUAAAGAGAAUAAGUUGCUGGAUCAGCAAACGCGGGCCCUUAACAUUGAUGUAACGGAGCAGCAUCUACAGCGUGAUGCCGAGCUGGAACAGACGGAACAGAAAGCGACUCAGGACCGGAUGACGGCUAUAGUGGAGCGUGCACGUUUGGUGCGACUUGUGCAAGCUCAGCACACGCACAUACUUGAGCUCGGUACAAUGCUUGAGCUGCAGCGUCUCAAGACGUAUCCGACACUAACCGCCUCUACAAGCGUGAUGAACCAUAAUGCACACCAUUUGUUGGGCAAUUGA